AUGCUGAUUUGUAAAUGUGAACAUUGUGAGGACCAAAAUUACACCUGCCUUACAGAUGGAGCAUGCCUGGCCACUUUAGACAAAGUUAUUAAAACUGGAGAAAUUAUGCGAAGAAAGGCUUGUACCAAUCCAGAUCUUGGUGACAGGCUUUCAUGUUACAAUCCUCCUACACCAACCUCCGUUGCCCACUGUUGUUACUAUAACAUGUGUAACACAGACAUUACUCUUACUUUUCCAACAGCCUCAAUGAUUUCUAAAUCAGUUAGAGGUAAAUGGCUACUUUCAUACUGUAAAUAAGACGAUGAACUUGCUUAAAACUAUAUGUAGGAGCUCUGAGGAGCUGCAGGACAGAUAAUAUUUAAAAGCGACAGUCAGGAAAAAUCGAGCAAAAUCUUAAUUUCAUAGCAAGAGUUGAAAAAUCAAUUUCUUUCAUUUUUUUUGUCCAUAGAUACAUGUACCUUUCAGGUAGAUAAGAAACCUGAUGUAGAUUGUUCCCGCAAGAAGCAUUUUAUUUGUAAGAAAAAUUAGAAGAUCAGUUUUCAAUGUCAUAGUCUCAGACUGCCCUAAUUUUUAACGUGAAAAUAUUCUCUAAUAUCAACUUUCCUCGCAUUUGCAAACAAUGCCGCAUGGAAAAAAUCUGAACACUUUCUAUGAACAGAAAAAUUCUCUUUCUUUCACUAGAAGAAACUUUCAGGGCAGUAGGGAGGCUCAUCACACUGAAACAAUGCAGUAAUGAGGGAUAGCUUUUCAGGAUAACAAAAGCUUAAGUUCAGUAAUUUCAAAGGCAAUAUUUAACAUGUGGUAUACACACGGUAUCUCUAAACUCCUUUCAUUUUAAACUUUCCUUUAAAACAUACCAGGGAAUUGGCUUGGGUUAUUGAAGGUAAUCUCUGUAAGACACUAUCAAAGUUUAUGAAUUUUCAUGGUAGGCCAGCGGUAACUGUGUAAGGGCCUUGUUUUUUGUAUUUCUUGUAGGUUUCCUCAUUGCAAAAUUGCUUUUUUUAGAUCAAAGAGUGAGGCAAAAAGGUGAAACUGGAUCAAUUUCAGCCAUUUUGAAACACUGAACUCUACCAGCCGGCGACUCUGCUUGACAUAUGUUCAGUGACUGCACGUGUCAUAAUGUAGGUUUGAAGAGACGUAGCCAUCAAAAUGGCUGUCACAGAAUUAGGAUAGUAAUGCAACAAAAUUCUUGGAAGGGUAACAUUUUGAUGCUGACAGUGUUUUGAAGAAUAAAAAGUCAAAUGCGCUAUAGUUCUGGUACUCAUUUUUUAUCAAAAAAUAAGGACUUUGGCAAUGGUAAUUCUCUUAGGAUGACAUAACAGGAAGAUAAUUAUAUUGUCUUGUUACACUACGAAACAAUGAAAUUUGGAGCCGUUAAAUAAGUUAUUUUGGUCACGCUUCACUGUAUCACUGCUUCACUGACAUCGAUGCUUUUGUUUGAAGGCUGCCUUGAGUAACCCAAGCCAGUUCUUAGGGAUGUGUCAGAUGAAUGUCUAAAUGUGUGAUUAAAUGAGGGCUGAGAAAAUUUGGAGCUAUACUGUAUAAUGCCGCAAAAAACGACUACUAAAUUAAAGUUUUGUCACCGCAAAAACUUGUUCUUCAUCUUUGAAUUAUGUCACGUCAGCGAGUCUCGAUAUUACUUUGACAGUAUCUUCUAGUGAAAGAAGAAGAGUUGUUCUAUUGAUGGGACGUGUUCAAAUUUCUCCUUGCGGCUUUGUUUGCAAACGCAAGGAGAGUUGAUGUUAUCAAAUUUCCGGUUUGAAAUAGGGCCAUUUUGAGACUCCAACCACAAAAACGUAUAUCCUUAACUUUUCUCCAAAAUAAAAGAUUUUUUGCUAGAACAUUAUUUACAUCAGAUUACUUAUCAACCUUAAAGCUAUCUAUGGACAAAAAUAAAUGAAAUCAAAUUUUGAACUCUUGAUGCUCAAUAUUUCCUGAUUGUUGCUCUUUAAGCCUUGAGGUAAUAUUUCUUGCCCUUUUGCCAACUUGGGGUGAAAACUUGCUGUGUUUGCUCAAAAAAGCACAACAACAGCAACAACAACAACAAUCUCCAUUUUUCCUUAAUUCUACUUCGUGAGCCUGGAGGGUUUUCAUGAGAAUAAAUAAUAGUAGCGGGAGAAAGCUGUAACAUUAUAGGAGAAUAUUAAUUUUUGAAGAGGCUUCAUGUCUGAAUAACAAAUACAGUGUAGUCAUAGGCUAUCGAAUGCUAGCUGUAGAAUUCUGUGUAGUAAGUGGAGAAUUCUCCGAUCUCUGAUACCCAAUGAACACCCUGAGGUAGCUAGUGCUAAUUAAUCUUGGUGGGCCUGUCAAUUAAUUUGUAAGCAAUAAUUUUUUUCUUGUUUAGUACAAUAUUUCUAUAUCAGUCUAUAAUACAUAAAAUAUAGGUACAUGUAGGAAAGCGUGUACAGUUUACAAAAGUCAUAGGAGAGAAAGAAUUUACAGUGUACAAAGAAUUUUCAGUAUAAUUAUUGUAAAGUUUAUGGAAAAAGCUGGGGUCAUUUUAUACAAUGUACUUUUGUCAAGAGGAUUUCACCUUAGAAAUGCACCAUAGCACUAAUGAAAUUUUCCUCCUUGAUGGUGCAGUGCUCAUUGGGAUUGGUGUCUAUUUGGAAGGUUGUUUAUGGUACCUUAUGUUUAAAAAGAUCAAUGUGGUCAAGUGCUUAUGAUAAUAGAUAAGUGGCCAUCUUUGUGUCAAAUAUACUGAAUGGUGGUAUAGAAUCACAAAGGGAACAUUGAUACACAACCGCUUAAAAGUAAGUUACUUGCCCUCUCAUGAGACAUGAAUGGUCCGAUUCCUGUAGCACAGAUUGUAAUUUUCCCAUCAGGUAUGUCCCUAACUAUUUUGGCUAAUAUUCUUGUGCAAUGUAAAAAAUCCGUUGUAAAGCAGUAAAGAACAAUCAAGCUUAAUGUAGACACCUGUCACACUGUAUAACACUCUCUUUUAAUGUCAGUCACUCAGAGAUUGUUGAAUUGUUUUCAGAUUCUGAACAGGGUAAUACCAGUGAGAUAAGUACAAUAGCUGUUGCUGCAUCUAUUGCUGGUCCAAUGUGCGUAAUAUGCGUUUUGAUCAUGGUUUUUAUUUGGUGGUACCAAAGGAGACAGAGAAAGCAACAAGAAAGGUCAAAAGAUGCACAAGGAACACUACAACCUUUAGAGGAUGAAGCAGUUAUCCCACCAGGACAGACAUUGAAGGAGUUAAUGGACAUGUCAACAGGUAGGUUGGUAACUUAUCGUGCCAGGACUUGGGCAGGAAAAUAAAAAGAUAAUGUCGUCAUUUAUUCACAGCAGGAACUGAGGUAAAGAGUUCAUUUUGCAACUUCUUUAGCUAUGUAUUUUGUGGGAUUAAUGGGCAACAAACCGUUCUGUACAAGAAAGAGUUAUUUUUAAUUUCUGGCUACCUGAAGGGUAGGAAGGCACUUUGAUGUUCAAAUGUGUCAUUAUAAUAAUAACUGUUAUUUCCUCAGUCACUGGAGGCCAAAGGCCAAGGCUGGUAACACUUAACGAGACCUUGAUUGUUUAGGAUAUGACAAAAACCGAAUCUGAUGAUUGUUUUAUUGUACAUUGUUUUGAGGAAAAUAACAAACAACACAAUCGCAAGGAACCUAAAUUGAUGAAUAUGUUAUUGGAAAUCGUGCAUUGCACACAACCUAGAGAUUAGUCAAUUACAAGAUCGAUCCUGAACAUAAUUUAUCUCGAUAACUAACUAAUCUGUAGGUUGUGCUGAUUUCCAUAAUAUUAGCUGUAGGCACUUAGCCAGUUAGAAGGAGUUAUGUGUUUAAAAAUUUCUAACCAGUUUGAAAAUUUUAAACCAGUUUGAAAAAUCUAAACCGGUUUGAAAUCUUCAAACUAAAGAUUACAUUUGAACCACAACAUGUGAAACCCCUACAGGGCUAAUGAGCUUGACUAAUCUCUCAAGGAACACAUUUUUCGGACAGACCGCUUUCUGUUUCAAGAAUCAUGAAGUAUACGCCAUGGACUGUGACAAAUGGCUUAAAUUGUAAUCCUCACUUACUUGUGUGAUAAAAUAAAAUUUGCCCACUCAGAAAGGAAGAAUCAAACAGCUGACAAAAUUUUCCACUUGUUCGUGCAUUUGAAAUGGAAAUGUAACCUUUUCAAUGUUUGCACCUGGCUAAUAAUUACCACCGAUCGAUGAAAAGUAAACAAAGAAACACAAAUGGCCCGUAAUGUAAUUUCACUGCAUUGCAGUGCAAAUAGUUUCUCGUCUGAAGUUUCCACAAUUAAGAUAGUCUUGGAUAAACCCGCUUCAGAAAUCAAGACUUUUGCGUUUAGACAUAAGUAUGUCACGAUUGUGUGAGUUAUAAAGUUGCAAAUUGCAUGUUGAAGCAAGCAGUUUUAAAUUACCUAGACGUAUAUAAAAGUAACAAUCUAAUACUCGAGUCCCUUGACUGUACCUUCCAACAAAACAGGUUGAGACCCAAAAUAGCUGUUUUUCCUGUCAACCUAGCAAAAAUUAACAGAAACUGUCACCAAAUGAAUGACCAUUUCCCUUCCUCCCCUCACCCAAUGCUGUUUUAUAGGGUAACACCAGAAUUACACGUUACAUGUAGUUUUUAAACCAAAACAACCCCAUUGAAAAGGGUUUGGGGAGGGCGGCUUACUUUUCAUUUAGACAUCACCCAAAUAGAGUAAUCAAGAUCGCUUGCUUUGAUUCAAAGAUGCUAUAGGCAUGCAAUCUGUGUGAACGUAAACGAGUCAAGUAAACAAGCCAAGUGACGCAAAUAGGGUAAAAAGCUUGUUGGAAAAAAGCUCUGCUAGCGGGGUACUUGAUCCCACUUUUACAAGAAACACAAUUUCCAACAGUGUGGGAACGAAGAAAUUAAAAGUGAUGAACAUGAUAAGCAAUGCAGGGAUAAUUUUCAGUACUAUUUUGGAGGAAAAGAUAAACUUAAUCUGAAACUUAUGGUAUUUUUUACGUCACAUAAGAACUGCCUAGUUUUUUUCAGAAGGAAGCAUUAAAUUGAGGGAUUAAAUCGGUCAAAAUAUUUGUAAUUUAAAACAGGUUUCGAAUACAUGUAAGUUAUCUCUCAAUUUGACUAAAACGAACUUUAUAAUUUUUUUAUCUGAGGCCAAAGAAAAUUAAUGUUACUGUUCCUCUUGUUAUGGAAUACUAUAAUCAAGCAAGUCAUGGAAACUCUUAGGAAUCUCAUUUUAGUUUUUGUUUCUCAAAAGAUCUCGAAAACUGUGAGAAAAGCUCACUAUUAUCUAUCAUUCAAAUCGUUGCUGACCUUAUAUUACUCUCCAGUAUAUCCCUACGUAACAUACUGUAAUGUUGCCUGGUCCUCCAUCUAUUGCUCUAACCUAAAUUGUAUUUACCUUUUGCAAAAGCGGGUGGCUUAUGUCAAAAGCUCACUAUGUAGCAAAUACUGCCCUGUUAUUUAGCAAGCGUAAAGUCCUUGACAUAUAUAGUGUUAAUUCUUUUUCUGUAGCUACAUUUAUGUAUUCCUAUCACCACAAUCUUUUGCCUAGUAGCUUUUCAUAACCUCUUUUAAGUAGUAACCAGGUUCACCGUCAUGAAACUCGACUAGCCUCUCAAUAUAGACCUCAUUUUUGUGGAACUAAUAUUAAGCAGUUCAGUAUCCUUUAUCGAGGACCAACAAUCUGGAAUUCUUUACCAGUUACACUAAUCAGCUCCUCUUCCAUAUUUGUUUUUAAAAAUAUCUGAAAAAUUAUCUCAUUAAUAGUCGUUCUGUCGCUUAAGUUUUAUGUUUUCUGCUCUCUCUGCAAUCAAGUAAGCCUUUGUAAUAUAGCUUAUGGAAGCCUAUUAAUAUAUGCUCCCACCUUCUUUAGACAACUUAUAUUGUAAUUAACACCUCUUGUAACUUUUUAUUAUUAUGUAAUGUGAGUGACUAAAAAAACAAGUGAAUGAAUGAAAUGAACUCCAGUGGCCACCAGCUUGAUUUGAAGCCCGUGAUAGUAGAUGGAAGUAUGGUCAAGACUUAGAAAAUAGAUAAAACUGUCUCAAGAGUUUUGUCUGAUGGUGUUGUCUUUUUGAAAAACAUUUUUAACUGAACAAUGUUUUAUUUUUUGCAGGAAGUGGCUCGGGAUUGCCUUUAUUAGUUCAACGGACAAUAGCGAGACAAAUUCAUCUGGUAGGACUCAUUGGUAAAGGAAGGUUUGGUGAAGUUUACAAAGGGCUCUGGCGAGGUCAGAGUGUUGCAGUCAAGAUUUUCUCAUCUCGAGAUGAGUGCUCAUGGUUUCGUGAAGCAGAAAUCUAUCAGACAACCAUGUUGCGGCACGAAAAUCUGUUAGGUAUGACAACUUACAUUUUGUAUACUCUUACCGUUUUUCCUUUUUUAAAUAAUAAUAUGAUAUACUUUUACUUGAUUUGACCUGAGUGGAAUUCUUUUAAACUAGUUGGUGUUAAAAGAGGCCUGCCCAAAUGUAUCUAUUAGAGUGUUGGUUAUGUUUUUUAAUUGUACAAUGAAGAAUGGUGGAACUUUAUGUUAAAAAAUGCUUUCUUUUCAAAACAUCAUGCCGGGUAAACUUACAUGUAGACAACUUCUAUUUUAUCAUUCUUAUUUGUUCCCUGCUUUCUAUACAAAUUAAUCUUGACAAAAGGAAAACAUAGCUGCAUUUACCAACAUUUCCUUCCAGUGUUUAGCACCUUAGAUUCUCAUUUACGGAGAGAUAUAUCUGCCAAUUCCAGCAUUUCCAAGCAUCCAUUUUUCAGCUGCAAUUGUGCUUGGUAAUUUAUUCAAGUCCGUCACAUUCACACAGGCAGUUUGCCACUUGGGGACAAUAAGAAGAAUAAUAUGAGCAUACAGUUGUUUAUAUAGAAUACUUCAUGGAAAGUGGGUGCGUACGGUAUGUGCACAUGAGUUGUUCACGUAUCAGAAAUCAAACGAGUGAGCGCAGUGAAUGAGUGAGAUUUCUGAUACAAAAACAUGCAGUGAGUGCGUAAAUACAGUACAAAGUGCUUUCCACGUGGCAUUGUGUUUACUUAUAAUUAUUUUGGCAUAUUGAGACAUUCAUCAUUUUGCCAGCCUGUUAUUUCAAAUCUUCCCAAACUCGUAAAAUACCAACAUUUGCCACUACACUUUGCGAAAUGACAAAGAAAACGAAGUAUGUUAAGCUUCGUGCAGUGAAACCUAUAUUAAGCGGACCCCCAAUUAAGCGGACACCCUUUAUUAAGCAGACACUAAACUGGGUCCCGAAAUUAACUGAUAUUUCCCUUUAUAACAAACCCCUAUUCAGCGGACACCUCUAUUAAGCGGACGCGGACACUAAAAUAAAUUGUAUUUGGCUAAUUUUCUCGGUUUUCACAUGACGUCACCGAAAUUCAAACUGAGAAACUAUCGAUUCUUCUCAGUUUCUGAGUUUCAUGUGAGGUAUUACGGCACCUAAACACCUAUAUUAAAACGAAGUUUUGGUUCGAAAGGGUUCUUCGUUUUGCUACAACCUCGUUCCCAGGGUGGGAACGAGGUUGCGUUUUGCUAUAGAGGACGUUUGAAUUUCGAGGCUUUUGCGUGACGCGGCAUUUAGCUGGCGGCCAGUAAGGCUCUUAAAAAAAUGAACCAUUUUUUAGUAAAAUGGCGGUUUGAAUAUAAAUCGAAGUUAGGUGGCGGUGCUUGCUUUAUGUGAUGAUCUUUCCCUUACAGGUGAAAAGUGUGCGGAAUCGCUUUUCAUUGAAAUUCAUAGACCUAAUGAAAAGAUAUUCUAAUCGGGACAUUAAACCGUCCUCCCGACCAGAAUGUGCAGGAUUUUGAUGGCAGCGUAGAUCAGCUUAUUACCUAAAUCCCUACCUUUUCAGGAGAAUUGUAAAUAAAGCGAUCACGUACUUGCUAAGUUGAUUAAGGCAAAUAGGUGUCUGUUUGUAUUAAGAUCUUUACGAAAGGAAGGUUUCAGUCAAGGUGAAGUAGACCACCUAUAGUACCGAUCAAAAGUAAGUUACCACCCUCUCGCGUCGCGCGCUACGCGAUUCGCGUAGCGCCAAGGAUAAAAAACUGUAAGUACAGCUCUAUCCCAGCAACUUUGUCGCGUGACAAACAAUCAAAGUAGGCGAACCGAAAAUGACAAGAACGUUGGUAUGACUAAUAAAAAAAUACGCACGUACAAGGGCCAUUUCGGAAUAUUUAAGUCAUGUAUUAAGCGUAUAAUUGUCAAAAUUCUGUAAAUGAUGGUUACAAAUCCGUCAAGCAGUCACUCUUUCUCUAUUUACAAAUGUAAUGAUUCACCUGUUGAUUCUAGAAGUCGAUACUCUGCGAGCAGAGGCCCUUCGAAGGGUGAGAAGCAGAGGGUUAAUUUUGAUCGCACGGUUCUUUCGUCGAUGUAGCUCAGAGACUCGAAACCAUAAAACAUUUUUCUUCAUAUAGCACUCACAACUCGAAACCAUUGUUGCCGAGAUUUCAAACACGGUCAAAGAUCUUGUCUUGUUAUUCUGUAUCCAUUCUUUUGGGUUUGCAUGUAGAUAACAUUAGCUUGGGCUUUGGUUUCGAGCGACAUGUGAACAUUGUUUACGAAUGUUCAAACACGGAGUUGUUGAAAUACUUUGUGUCGAUGAUACACAGAAACACUGUAGUGUACUUACGUGAACGAAGCACGACACUUGCUGAGAGACUAUCACAGAUAGUUAGCUGUUUUGAAGUUCAUUCAACAAAUGUAGGUAAAUAAUAGCGGUGCAAAAGGACGGUUUCGUUGAAGACCCAAGCGGUUUUUGCAUUUGCCGCCUUCAAAAAUGGAAAAUGCUAACUGCGCUCACAUCACUUCGCUUGUCGCUUUGUAAAACUGUAAACAGUAGCCAGAAAAGAUACGCAAUGGCGUAAGUGCGUGGUAUGUAUCGACGAGUUUUUAAGGAGGAAAAAAGGGAAGGGGAAGCCAGGCAAGAUUAAGAAAUAAGAGUUGAGAAUUAAAUAACUGAAGCCUGAGUGAGCAGGGCCAUAGCCAGACAGAGUUACUAACUGAAGUAAAAUCGGUUCAACAAUGAAUCCUCUAUAGCCGGCUAGGCGAUAUCUAUUUUUAGUUUUUUUUUUCAUUUGUUUCACAAAAGGCACAUGAAAGGGACUUGAACUCUGGCUAGGCGAUAUCUGUUUUUAGUUUUUCUUUUUAAUUUUUUUCGCAUGUUUGGGAAAAGACUUUAUAAUAGUAGGAGCUAACUAGGUCCAGAGCUUUAUCCUAGAAGCGAUAUGAUUCUAAUUUUUUAAUAAGAAGGGGAGAGUAAAGUGAAUCAAAUGCCUUUCUCAUAUCAGUAAGUAACAUGCCAACUAAUUUUCCACUAUCUAGCUCCAUUUUCCAUUCUUCUACAAGUUGGAUGAGGGUUGUCUUGAAGCUGUGUGUUUUCCUAUAUGUUGUUAAGUUAUCACUGAGGGUGGGGUCCACGAAAUUUAUAAUUUGUUUGCUCAAUAACUUUUCAUAAAUGAGACUGGGAGGCAAGCCAUCAUAACCCGAAGCUUUAUUGGCAUUCAGGCAUUCCAUUUCUUUCGUUAACUCUGCUGGCUUUACGCUGGAGAAGGUGAAAGGUGGUCUAUCAGAUCCACUCAACGUUUCUUUUAUGUUUUGUACACAAAAAUGUGCACUAAAAUUUUCUUUCUUUAAGUUUAGGGUGUCUGUACCGUCAAUGUUGUUUGCUUUUGGAGAGAAAUAAUAAGAUCAGAAUUCCAGUGUUUAGAAGGAUAAGAUAAUAAUGUUUCUAGUCUACCAUUUAUAUUAAGAGUGAUGUUGUUCCCAGCACAUGCAUCCUUUUUAUGGUUUAAGAAGCGAUUAAAGGUGUUGUAGAAUUGCUUAGAGUUAGAGCUCAGAUUAUUGCACACCUUUUGCCAAUAGGACCUAAUUGAUUUGCGCGUCUUAACCUUUUGCCAAUGGGACCUAAUUGAUUUGCGUCUUAACUUUGUAGCCUCAUUGCGCCAUUUGUUCUUGAGUUCCAGAUUGAGCUGUUUUCUGUUUUUGCUGAAUUGUUUUGAGAACUUCCUUUUGUUUCUGAUAGCUCUCUUCAUUCACUUGUCAUGUAAGGGACGUCUUGUUCUCGUACUCUCAGCUUCUUAAAAACGGCGCAUGUUCGUCCAAGACAUAAUUCAGUAGACUUUCCCAGAAGCUACACUUAUCCUCGAUCGAACCAAAAAUUUUCGCCAACAUGCCACGGUGCAAUAUGCAGAUUGUAUUUCAGGUCUUCUUCAUUGAUACCAUUAAGAUUUCGAAAGGUGAUAAUUUUACUUGGAGGAUAUGUAGCCUUGAUUUUCAAUAUCCAGUAUACCAAUGCGUGGUCGCUCAGUUGUGGGUUAAAAACAGCACACCCUUGAAAGAGGUAUGGCUUGUUAGUGAGAAUGAUAUCCAGAAGGUCUGUGAUCUGUUAUUCUAGUGGGUUUCUCAUUGAGGUAAGAAAAAACAUGUAUGUCUUCCAGGUCUAACAAUAUCUUGCCCUCUUUUCGUUCAGGUCUCAAGCGAUCUAGGUUGAGAUCCCCAAGAACUAUAACAAAAUGCUUUUAAAGUGAAGCAAAGAUACAGAUGUCGUUUAGUUCUUCCUCUAACCUGAGGUAGUAUUGCUUACCGAUAGAUUUUGGGGUCUGUAGAUUCCCACUACUACUACAUCAGUUUUUCCAAAUUUGGCUUCAACGAUUAAUGGUUCUAUAGUUGAAAAUUUACGGUGAAAUGGUAAUUUCGUGGAUGGUGUUCCCGAGGAUAUAAAUGCCAUAAUACCGCCCCACCCUUGGUACGGUCACUGGGGAAGAUGCAUGUCAUAGCAACUGAUUUUGAACUGAGCAGUAGAAUAAGAUGCUUCAAUUUUUGUUUCUGUAAGAAAGAAGACUUGCGCUUUGAUUUCUUUCAUAAGCUGUUUCACUUCCUCAGAUCUAUUUUGGACUCCACUGAUGUUCAAAUGCAUUACGAGAAUCUCUCGGUCAUCAUCGUUCCUUGAUUUAAUAACUUCUAGAAGGGAAUUCGCCCUGGUGUUUGACAAGUUCGACGUGUUUAGUGUCUGUGCAUAAUAUUCGCCUUCGUCCGACAAAAUUGAUUCAUCAGCAAAAGGUAGGGCGCUUAAAAAACAUGCUGGGCAAAUCCAGUUUGCUGGAGGCGUUUGUACUCCCUAAGCUUCACUCGACUGCACUUCAUAUGGCACCACAGUGUGCAUUGAUCACAACUUAAUGCUCGGUGGUUACUGGCAAUUACCUUUUUGCAAACAGAGCAGCUUGUAGGGCCAGGAUUUAAUUCAAUGUUUCCUCUGACAGUAAUACACGUAAAUUGAUAUCUUGAAUCAGAAUUCGGAUAAUACGGUACUCGUGACGCUAGGAAGCCUCUCCGACAAGAGGACAAUCCAAAAUGGCGGACUUCACAAACUUGUCCAUGCAGGACGUUUGCAGACAAGAAACCAAAGCUCAUUGGUCUGUGGAAUACCUUUCCUUACCUUUCUUUUUCUUCAUUGCCUGAGCUGGUUACGUACAAGAGUAGGAACAGAGUUAAAGGCCAAAAGUAUCGAGACCAAAGGCACGAACAUCCGGUCGCUAUUUUAAUUUUUUUUUUUGAUACCUUGUUCCUUCGUAUUAUUUUUACUCUGCCUUCGCCGUUCAGUUAAAUUAAAUUUUGUAAUUUAAUAGGGAAAGCCCACGUUGUAUAAGCCUCUUGGUUUCUUUGGACUUUCGUGCCAUUUCCUGGCGAUUCUUGUCAUCUGUUUCUAUAAAAUAAGUAAAAUAACUAAACUAAAUAAACUUAGCCUAACAUUUAAAGAUUAAAUUUGAACAGCAUUUUGUGCAGACUGCCUUUUAUGGUCACAAUAUUGUCUUUAAACGUGCAGAUACAAAACUAGGAAGCCCUUACGUGUUUUACUGAAUUUAGGGGAAUAUGUCGUAGGAUUUCAAAGUUGCAUUUAUUUAGUACAUUUUUUUGUGAUAAUGCAGGUUUAAGUAGUUGCUGAUACAUGUAUCUUUAUACCUACAAGAAAAUCAAUAACAUUUUUUCGUAAAGACCCACCAUUCUUCAUUAAAGAUGCCAAAAAGCAUCGAAAUCUGUUAAUGGUAAAAAGUUUCAGGCCACCUUAACUUUGCAUUUUGGACCACCGACCUAUUCUCUAUAUGUUUAAAACACUCUGCUUUUGUGUUACAAUAAACUUUAGUUUUGCAGCCCUCCAGGAAGGACUUUAUAUAUUCCCAAGAGCUUUUGAAAACAAUAACCUAUGGAAUUUUGUUUGGGGAGGGGGGUGGGGGAGUGGAAGGGGCCAAACAGGAUUUAUUAGGGGAUUCAUAAAAUAUAUACAUCUUACUAGUGAGAACGUCCUGUUCAUGAAGAGAAUAGUGCAAAGAAAAGCCACAGACUAUUUUUAUUGCAAGACUAGUAAGUUAGAACUAUAAUAAGAUGCAGCUAUGACACAGAGUUUACUGACAAUAUAAGUGUUGUUCAAAGAUGCUCGGAAAGUAACAUUUUAAUUAAUAAUGUUAAAUGAAUUAUCUUCUCAGGCUUUGUAGCCGCAGAUAACAAAGAUAAUGGUGCUUGGACCCAGCUGUGGCUUGUAACUGACUACCUGGAGAGAGGGUCUUUGUAUGACUACCUUCAGUUUGUUACUUUGGAUGUUGAGGCAAUGCUUAAAAUGUGUGUCUCUAUUUCCAGUGGAUUAGCACAUCUCCAUAUAGAGAUUGUCGGUACCCAGGGUAAACCUGCGAUUGCACAUCGGGACUUAAAAAGCAAGAACAUUCUUGUGAAGAGAAAUGGUAAGGAAGUGGAUUUAAUAACAUCAACAAGUCGUUAUCAAAAGGAUAUCACAAUAUACACUGAAUGUCAGGUCCCCAGAGAAACAGUUUUGUUUUUUUUUUUGAGACCCCUGAGAAAACAAAACUAACUGGUUUCCCAAGAGUCCUGACGUUAAGUUUUUUGCUAUAUUCCUAGGCUUUCACUUCAAAAGUAGCAAAGAAUAAGUAGAGCGAAUCAAAACAUUGUUGGUACUUGUAAGAACAAAUUUAAUUUUAAAAUCGCCAAAUGAAUGACUUUCCUACCUUCCUUUCUUAACUUUCCUUAGGCGUUAUAUGCAUCUUUUUACUCCAGUUGCUGCUGUUUCUCUUCUGGGAUAACUUGAAAAUUUGUUGCUUUUUAGCUUACGGUUUUUAUGUUUGGUUUUUUGUUUUCAUUCACAAGGGUGAAAACUGGCAGUGUGUUUUUCCCGCCUUCUGUCACGUCACUUUCCACCAUGCUUUGGUCACGUGAUGUUGUAUCCUGAGGGGGGUACAAUUGAUCAAAAUGAACUUAUCAAGAUCGGGAUACAUUUGAUUUUAGUCAAGGAAGUCCCUGUUUAGUUGAGUGAAAGCCUACAUCUGUAGGAAUAUAGGAAUAUCUGGUUUUUGAUUUUAGAUGGCUCCAAGCCAUGGAAAGGUUACCUUUUUUAUAUCUAACUACUUCAUAGUUAACCGACUAGCUAAUAACACUGAUAAGCAUACUGUCCCAGGAACACACUGAUUCUUAACAUCUCAUUGUUGUGAGAUUUUUAAAGUCCUUCGUGUUUCAUUCAUCCCAAAAAUAUUUUUUACAUCUUAAGUAUGACUGGACAACCGGCAAUUUGACAAACAAUAAACGACUGUUAAACUGUGACAAAAGACAGAUCGAAACACGCCAGUGGACAUUUCGAGUCUUCAUAGCCAACAGCAUCAUGGCUUAACUGACAGACGAUUGUGACUUAAUUGACCAAUCAAGUCUCUGGUGAAAAACCAGGGAGAGUUUAAUACCAUCGUCUCACGUUAUGCAACUCACUUUGACUCUGAAGAUUACUACUGCACGGGUUGUUGGAACAUCAGUCACUGUCAACAACAGUCCUAUACAGGACUACGUUCACCUGGACGGUCAUCCUCAACCUACUCAUGUAAAGUAUAAUAAUUAUGCUGAGAUUUGUGACCGACCGGCUAAACACUCUGUUUAUGAUUUUAGUCCAUGUUCAGCUGCCUGGAGUAACUGCUCUCUCUGUCUCCUCUUUAAACUCCUUUGUCUUCAGAGCAAUACUGGGGAGUGUUUUCUGACUUCCGUCAUGCCUAUUUUAUCUUAUAUCCUCAUAAAUACAUAUACAGUGGAUUCCUUUUGCUUUGUUAAAUACAGGAAACGUGUUUUCUUCGUUGUUAACAUAAUCCUGUAAAUAAAUCUGUGUGCUCCCAAAUGCCUCAAAACCGGUUUUCAUAUUACCUGUAGGGCCGUUUUUAUUACCAAUUUUAAAGGUGCCAUGCCCUCAGCAUGUAGCAACUCAGGGAAAUGCACUUUACUGGUCUAUACUGUCACUUAACUUUUCAGUUCUACACCUUCGCUACUGCAACUUAAUUCUCUUAAAAUGCUAUCGUUUCUUCCCUUACAUUUGUAAGUUUAAAUCAGUUAUGUGGACAAGUUUAUAUUGAACAAGUAAACAUGAGUUCAGGGCUGCUAGCAUUUUGUACACUUGUGCCCAUUUCACUUUAUUCAUAACUUACAAUGUAAUAACUAGAUUUGCAAUACAUUUUGCAUUGAGUAGUAGUCAAGCAAUUUAUUGGAAAUGAUUAUUUGAAGGAAGGAAUUUCAAACUACAGUUUACAUGUAUCAGUAUGACAAAGAGGAUUUGCUUUCUGGUUUGGUAGGGACAUGUUGUAUAGGUGAUUUGGGACUUGCUGUGCGUCACAACUCAGCUAAUGAUACAGUGGAUGUGCCACAUGGCAACAAAGUUGGAACGAAACGUUACAUGGCACCAGAGUUUCUUGAAGACAACUUUCAUGUGCGACAUUUCGAUGCCUACAAGCGUGGUGAUGUGUAUGCCUUUGGUCUUGUAUUGUGGGAGAUAGCUAGGAGGUGUGUGUUCGGAGGCACUUGUGAUGAAUAUCAAUUACCGUACUAUGACAGAGUUCCAUCUGAUCCCAGUGUUGAAGACAUGAGGAAAGCGGUUUGUAUCGAAAACUUCAGGCCAGUUGUUCCUGCCAGAUGGAGUCAAGAUCAGGUACUUUAUUUUAUCUGACAUUUUAUCAGCUUGUUGUAUAACUUCCUGUUGGUAUUGUGAAUCUUACACAAUAAAUUGUAUUAUAACUUCAUUGCUGCAAAAUGUGACCUUCUUUGAAUAAAAACAAAAUUUCAGAAAAUCAGAAAGACCUGUUAAAUGAACUUCUGGCGGGUGACUCAUCAAGUGCCUAAUGUCAGAAACUAUCGCCAUCUUUCACCAGUGACCUUCCGUAGCUAUUAAUUUUAAUCAGAGGGAUUGCUUAGUCACUCAAGUGUUGCAUAAGCCAACAGCUGUGCUUAAGAAGAAGGCAAGGCUUUUUUACUUAAGAGGCAAUGCAGACAAUUGGUAGUUUAUAUUGUUAUUAUGAAAAACAAAGGGGACAAAAGGGUGAAGAAGAAGUUGGAGAAAAGAUGAAGAGACCACAGCUUUGUAAAACAAUCAAUAUUCACUUUACACCUUUUUUGUCUUGAAUACUUCAUCAAAGACUGUGCUACAUUUGUGAAUUUUUACAAUAAAGAUUUUGAUGUGCAGUGAAGACCCACCUUACGGCCACCUUUGUAAUACGGUCGCCUCGUUAUUACGGCCACGUUUCUUUGCGCGACAAAACGGCUGUACAUUUUCUUAUAAAAAAACCCUCGUCAAUACGGCCAACGGCCACAUUUUAAAGUCCCAAACAGAAGAAUCGUAUAUAAUUAUACCCCGUUAAUAUGGCCACUCGUUCGAAAUUUAGGAAAUUAAAAUGCUUGAGCCUGAUAUUGUGUUGUUUUUUGGACUUCAGUAUACGUAAAAUGCAUUUGUGGCGGUUUAAUAGCCGAUUUUUCGAAGUGUUACCUUUACUGAAGGAAAGUUUCAAGUAGUUUUUGCAAUUACUGUACCUGAAUUUACAUUCCGGGUGUUUGUUAAAGAGAACAGUUGUUCAAGAAGUGGGAAUGCGAUAUAUGGUGUAUUUGUUGUUUCUAGCCCUUAAGUAAUGAACUUUGACCCUGCCCCAGUAAUACGGCCAGUUUUUUUUACCCACUGUAUAUUUGUGAGGCUAGACACUCUUAACAAACUUAGAUAACUCAGCACUCUCCUUGCAAAUAAGUUCAACAUGUGCUUGUGUAUACUAGUAAGAGCUGCAAAUUUAAAGAUUAUUCAAUGCCAUGAACUUAAUGCUGACCAGUGGACACAUGUAAUCAUUGUUAUUAUUAACAUUGUGUCAAGACUUUCUGUUAUUCUCACACUUACACACUGUAAAUUUGUUUUUUACAAGUGUUAUUAUUUCCCAUGUUCAACACAUUUUUGAAAUCCAUCACCAAGAAUCGCGUCUUUCUGUUUUCUGUUUUUCCACUUUAUGCAGUUUCUCCACGAGAAGACUCACAACUGUUACUCUUGCUCUACAGGCACUGCAGUCUGUUUCAAAGGUUAUGAAGGAAUGUUGGUAUGGAAACAGUGCUGCACGACUAACAGCCUUGAGAAUCAAAAAGACUCUGACAGCUCUCUGUCAAGCUUAUGAUGUGGAUAUCAUGGUGUAAUAAUGCUGCUGCCCUAUGGAUAUCACAACCUAAAUUUUCUGAAAGCAGAUGAUUGACAUCCUCCUGGCAUAUGGAUAUCUUACUUAAAGGAUCUUCCUACAGUGUACAUGUAGCAUGCGGAUAUCCUGUCCAAGUAUCCUCUUGGAAAGUGAAUGUUUUGUGCAUGUGGAUUACAAGCAACAAACACUGUACCUACACGAACAACGUGGGCAUGUACCACACUACUGCCAAAGGUACAAUGAAGAAGCUGGCACCACCAGUAAGACACUGUGCAGCACAUUUCUCGUACUAAUCUAGGUGAAAAACAGACCCCAAUAUUUGGGGCAGUUCAUUCAAACAAAGCUCUUUCAGAAUAUUAUUAGCCACACAUGGACCUUUGCCAUUCACCUUCCCCAUGUAAAGCAAACGCUUUGUCAUUACAAAUAUUUUAUUCACUAAAUUGAAAUGCGUUUUUCAUUUAUUAGUACAUAUCAAAACCAUUAGAUAUCAUAUCCCUUUCAUAAGUAGGUGUAAUGCGAUUGUCCGGAAGAGUAUAGUCCAGAAUAGGACUGCUGUUGACAAUGUCUGACAUUGCGACAACCUGUGCCGAAGUCAUCGUCAGAGUGAAACUCAAGGUGACAAGGUGUUAGUGACUGCUUGUUAGCCAAUUACAUCACUGCUUUACAGGCAGACGACCAAUAAAAUCGCCGUUUACUUGACCUAUCAGGUCAAUAAACACAGGCAAAUACCAUCAACUGACGUUGCACAACUCACUUUGUCUCAGAUGAUAUUGUGAAAUGUCAGCAAUAGUCAUAUUUAGGACUACAUUCACCUCCGUUCACCUACUUUUGACUCGGCUCCUGGGCUGAAGCCAUUUUCAAUUCCCAGCUAGUUGUGUCAUUGCACAAAGUGGAUGGAACAAAGCAAACUUGUUUAUGAAAUCCAGGAGAAAUAUAGAUAAUUAGUUUCAAGUCCUCUCUGGAACUUGUGUAGGUAACCAGAUGUCAAGAAGGACACCAUUUAGUGGCCUUGUGCCAGCAUUUUAUGUAUCAUAUGUUCUUAUCACAGUACUUUAAGUACAGUAC